AUAGGCUAUGACAGGAAUGACUUGAACAUGAAAUAUUUAGUGGAGAAUAUUAUACGGAAGGAACUUCACGCUAUUACAACGACGCCGGCUCCAAACCCGGCAAUAUGGGCGUUCUCGAAAGAGAACAAUUUUCUUCAAGUUGGGCAAUAUUCGAAGGACGAUUCGGACAAAAUACCGACGGCUUGGGUUCACAAGGGGAAGGAGGAGAUUCUCAGCGCUUUGCAUGGGUAG